AUGUCGGAAAAUCCCCCCGCGCCGCUACUCGCGGUGACCCUCGUCUUCCGGUCCAAGCCCAAGUUCCUCGGUCUCCCGCACAUCCUGGACCAUGUCUCCACCAUCCUGGACACCUCAGUCGAGUUGCCUCUGUGGACUGCGAGCAAUAGCCAGAUUUUUGAGGAUAAUGAGCCCAAAAUGCCAGAAAAUCUAUGGACACUUCGCAAAUACAUCCGAGCGGACAAUCAGUACCGGCAAUUCCAGUUCCGACUGAGUAUGGGGGAGGCAGUGUCCCGCAAAGAUCUGGAAAUGGUCAAGUGGCUGUCGUCCAAGUUUCCCGAGUGUAAGAUUCCGUCGGAACUGGUGGUUGAAGCUUGUGAACAGGGGGCGAUGGAGAUUCUUCAGUUUUUCUACGACAACGAUCGUGAGGUUUUGGAGAGCAAGGGGUUGCAUGGAGUGGGUCACGGUGUUGAAUGGGGAGGUGAAUCCAUGGCGGCUGCGAUCUCGGCUCACCAUUGCUUGGUGGUUGCACCGCCACAUUCCAGACGCAGAGUUCGAUAUGAAGGCGGCAGUGGAGUCGGCUCUGGAAGCGGGGGAGAUGAUGGCUGUCCACUGGCUGGCGUGGAAUGGUGCGGAGUUUCCGAGUCUAAUGAAGAGGGGAAGCUCGAGGGAGCUGUGAAUCUGCUGGAGACUGCAGCGGAGAAUGGACACCUUGACAUUGUUCGCUGGCUGAUUGAGAAUGAUGAAGCCGGCGAGCUGACGGAGCUUGGUGGAGAGGGGAGAGUCUCGAUCCUCCCUGCAGCUAUCAACGGGCACGCUGAGGUGGCCAAGUUCCUCCGUGAUAAAGUUCAGCGACCGACCUCAUCUUUGGAUCGUGAACAGGAACUUGAGCUCCAGCUAGGCACGCACGAAGCGUUGGACGAGCAGUUCAUGUUGUGGCUUUAUGACGAGUACGGAGAUGACCCAUUCGUCGACGUGUUCGACUACGGCGACAAGUUCUAUGACAGACAGACAUCCGUCGACACAGUGGCGAUGGACGCAGCUGCAAACAACGGGCACCUCGACGUUCUCAAGUAUCUGCACGAGAUCGAAACGCUGGUCUAUGGCAAGCGCAAGAGCGAAGAGACGACGAAGCGAUCUCCGCCACGUGCACUGAAGGAGCGAUGGAUGGAGCUGCUGCGAACGGACACCUGGAUGUUAGUCCGAUGGCUGUCUGAGAACCGAAGUGAGGGGUGCACGAGUGCCGCUAUGGACGGCGCUGCAGGGAAUGGUCACCUCGAGGUGGUGCAGUGGCUUCACUCAAAUACGCAGGCUGGUUGUACGACAAUCGCAAUGGAUAGCGCGGCCCAGAAUGGGCACCUGAAAGUCGUGAAAUGGCUGCAUGAGCAUCGAUCUGAGGGGUGUACGGGGCACGCGAUGGAUAAAACAGCGGAGAAGGGAUUUCUGGAGGUUGUCAAGGAGGAAAGGUGA